AUGACCAAUCAAACCAAAAACUUCAUCAUUACCCCAACUCCGAUCCCUGUGUUUAAGGGAGACGGAUACGACUACUGGAGCAUUCGUAUGCAAACUAUUCUGAAGUCCCGAGAUCUGUGGGAACUCGUCGUUUCGGGUGUCGAUGAAAAGGAGACCGAUGAAGGCAGAGUAAAGAACAUGAAGAAAAGGGAUGCUCAUGCGAUGGCCUUAAUUCAACAGGCUGUCAAUGACUCUCUUUUUUCUCGAAUUGCAGCGGCUAAAUCUGCCAAGGAGGCGUGGGAGAUCUUGAAAAUUGAAUUUCAAGGAGAUGAGCAAGUGAAGGCUAUCAAAUUGCAAGGGUUGCGUAGAGACUUCGAAAAUCUAUCCAUGAAGGAGGACGAACUCGUAGGGGACUACUUCUCUAGAGUUAUGGCGAUUGUCAGUCAAAAACGCUCGUAUGGUGAAGAAGUGCUGGAUCAAGUCAUAGUUGAAAAAGUGCUUCGAAUCCUCUCAUCCAAACUUGACUAUGUGGUUUCAUCUAUCGAGGUAGCGUAUGAUCUGUCUGAGCUUACUCCUGUUAAACUAAUGGGUUCGUUGCAGUCCCAAGAACAUCGCAUGAUGAGCAAAUCGGCUGAAAAAUCUGAAAGAACCGAAGAACAUGCGCUGCAAGUUAUACAAGAAUUCAAUCGACCUCAAAAUUCGAAUGGCAACCGAGGCCGUGGACGUGGUUUUGGAAGAGGUCGUGGUCGGGGACGUAUCGGUGAGCGCAACCGUGUAAUGUUAUGUCUGCAAGAAGUAUGGUCAUGUAUCCAGAGAUUGUUGGUAUAA